UUAAUCACGAGGCAUGGCAAGGCGCUCUUUGUUCAACUUGUUAUUCUUCUUCUUCCUACAAAGCUACCAUCUCUUUUGAAUGUUUGUUUGGACCAUGCUUGUGAAGCCUGUGACUAAGAAUUUCGGCGGAAUGUCGGAAAAAAAGGACUAUGAUAAGAUUUUUCCGGGAAAGGCUGCGAAAUCCACCGUUGGAGUGAGCAUAACAAGGGCUGAGAUUGAGAGGUUUUGGAGAAGGAAGAGAAUGGAAGAAGAAGAGCACCUUAUGGCCGCCAUGAAGGCAGCUGCUCGGAUUAAGGCGCGUACCUUGAUGGAGGAAGAGUACAAGCAUUUUGAGGAAUCUUUGGAUUCCAUGAUCAACAACAACCCCAAACAAGUGGUUGGGAUUAAGGACUGGUGGACCAGGAGCCGUUUUGCGUAUUUGAAUCAGCCUCCACUUCAAUACAUGGAUCCUCCAAAGAACUCUUAUGUCCCCCAAUUCUGGUGCUGCUACUCCCCCCUUCCAUCCCAGGCCUCUUUCCUUCACGUUCACUGAGUCUUAAGUCUCUCUCUCUCUCAAUAUGUGAACACUUACGCCCCGCAAAUUCUGGUGCUACUCCCCCUUACAUUCCCCGGCCUCUUUCCUGCGCGUUCACUGAGUCUAAGAGUCUCUCUCUCUCUUAGUAUGUUUGUUUGUGUUUGUGUGCUCAUUGUUUUUUUUCUCUUUCAAUAUGUUUGGUUGUGUUUGUGUGCUCAUGUUUUUUAGGUAAGUAUUUUAAAAAAUAGCAAGUAAAUGGGGAUUUAGAUCCCUGUUUUUUGAUGAGAAUGGAGUUAGAGACUUCAUCACGAGACUCAACAAUACUAUCACCAAAGCCCCAAUCCAUUCUAGUAUCAUGUAUUUGUGUAUCGUAUCAUGUAUUUGUGUAUGUAGUUAGUAAUAGAAUCUCUAUUUGUAGAGACACGUUUUGCGUUAUUGAACAAUCUAGAAGAGGCGAUGUAUGUAACAUACGUAUUUGGAGUGAAUGAAGUUUUUUACUUGGACUCUCUCA